GAUAGCAGAAAAAGUUGAGGUCGGCUGAAUAGGAAUAUUUUUUGAAAAUGGCGACGGCGUUUGCGGCAGCAACUCCCUCGGCGGCCACCGCCGUCGUGUUACCUCGUCUUCCUAGCACCACCGCUGCCCGUUGCUCAUCGUUACCACACCUUCCAGCUCGUUCGUUUUCCACUUCGAUCAAACAGGUUUCAGUAUCAAGAAGGUCAUCUCUGUCGAAGAUCAAGGCCUCAGAAGAUGCAUCAUCUCCUCCAGAUGCUAAUGAAUUGUUCAAUGACUUGAAGGAAAAGUGGGAUGCACUUGAAAACAAGUCAACAGUUAUAGUCUAUGGAGGAGGAGCAGUUGUUGCAAUUUGGAUAUCUUCAAUCCUUAUUGGUGCAGUCAACUCAGUGCCAUUGCUUCCAAAGAUCUUUGAGUUGGUAGGACUUGGAUAUACCGGAUGGUUUGUGUACCGAUACCUUCUGUUCAAGUCUAGCAGAAAAGAGUUGGCAACAGAUAUUGAGUCGAUAAAGAAGAAGAUUGCAGGGACCGACACUUUCUUCGUGUUACCAAGGUCGAGAAGAUCAUCUAUGUUCCAUAUCAAGGCCUCAGAAGAUGCGUCAUCUGCUCUAGAUACUAAUGAAUUGUUGAAUGACUUGAAGGAAAAGUGGAAUGCACUUGAAAACAAGUCGACAGUUGUUGUGUAUGGAGGAGGAGCAGUUGUUGCAAUCUGGAUAUCUUCAAUCCUUGUUGGUGUUUUCAACUCAGUGUCAUUGAUUCCAAAUAUUUUUGAGUCGGUAAGACUUGGAUAUACCAAAUGGUUUGUUUACCGAUAUCUUCUCUUCAAGUUUAGCAUAAAUGAGUUAGCAACGGAUAUUGAGUGGAUAAAGAAGAAGAUUGCAGGGACCGAGGAAACUAUAUGA